AUGAUGUGUCCCCCAGAAUUACAAGCAUUGCACCCAACAAAGGCGGCGCCUGUUAUCCAAGAUGGGAAUAUCACACUUGCUGAAUCCGGCGCAAUUGUGGAAUACAUACUGACCAAGUACGGCGGGGGGAAGCUGGCGCUACCCCCAACCUCCAGCGACUAUGCAGACUACCUGUAUUUCCUUCAUUUUGCAAACGGAUAUUUUCAACCAGCCCUUUUGCGAUAUGGCCCUGUCAUGAGGUCUGGAGCCUCAUCAGAUGAUCUUGCCGCCAAGUUCACAAAGCGAGGUUUCGAGCAAUCUCUGCAGAUCCUUGAGGAUCGCGUUGGCAAGCAUCCCUGGCUUGCGGGAGCCGAGUUCACGGCGGCAGACAUCAUGAACGUCUGCUCUUUGACAACAAUGAGGGUAUUCUACCCCUACAGCCUGGAGGCAUACCCCGCAAUCGUAGCUUAUUUAAAGAGAGUCAGUGAGCGAGUGGGUUUCCAGACCGCAACGGAGAAGGGGGAUCCGGGAUUCGAACGUCCCAUCGGGGCUGAGAAGCCUCUGUAUGGGCAGAGGUAG